AUGUAUUCAGAAACAUCAGAAACAGUAAAAAAUUCUGUAUCCGCUAAGAAUUCCACGCGGGCCAGGUCUCGUGAAGAGGAUUCGGAUUCGGAUUACAUUCCUCAUGAUGGCUCGUUUACUAAUUUGGAUUCGAGUAGUUGCAAGAGACGAAGGCCACCUACAUGGCUUACCACUCCAUUUUUGGUUGUUGGUCCACAUGGAAUAGGAAAAACGACACUUGUUUACACUUUAGCGAACGAGCUUGGCUUUAAGGUUUUUGAGAUUAACUCUUCUUCUCGGAGAUCCGGCAAAGAUAUUGCCAAUCAAUUUUUUUCUGCUAUGGAUUCGCAACAUGUUGCCAAGGAUCAUCUUACUUCUGCAUAUAGCACCUUCCAUAUGACUGAUGGUACGUUUCGAUCGGGCCAUGAAAACCACUAA